AUGGCUAUCACAGAACCAGCAACCCAGUCUGAGCCUAUCGAUGCUGUAAGGCCAAUUAAGGUAAUAUGUAUUGGGGCUGGCAUGUCCGGUAUCAUAUGUGGUGUCCGGUUUCCACAAAGAAUAGAAAAUCUUGACUUGACUAUUUAUGAGAAGAAUGACGAUGUGGGAGGUGUUUGGUACGAGAACAGAUACCCAGGAGUUACUUGCGACGUCCCAUCUCAUGCUUUUCAAUUCACGUUUGCUAGCAACACCAACUGGUCUUCGUUCUUUGCACCAGGACAAGAAAUUUCCAAAUACUUCCGCACGGUUGCUGAGAAGUAUGACGUGCUUAAGUAUGUCCGGUUCAAGCAUGAGUUCAAAAAAGCUGUCUGGCUAGAAGACAUCCACAAGUGGGAGGUUACUAUUCUCCGAAUGGAAGACAACACGGAGUUCAAGGACUACGCGGACGUACUCGUUAAGGCAACCGGGAACUUGAACAAGUGGAAGUGGCCUGAUAUUGAAGGACUUCACGACUUCAAGGGCCCAGUCAUGCACUCAGCAAACUAUGACACGUCUUUUGACCCUACCGACAAGAGGGUCUCUGUAAUCGGCAGCGGUUCUAGCGCCGUUCAAAUCGUUCCCGCAAUGCUGCCUCAAGUGCGCGGCCGCGCCUGGAUCUCACCGGCUGCCUUUGUUGCAGCGGAUCCUCGGAAAGCUAACAGUGAUGUUCACAAUUUUGAGCAUCCUGAGGAAGAAAGAAAAGGCUGGUCAGAGCAUCCGGAAACCUACCUGCGAUAUAGACAUCAAAUUGAAGAUGUCGUCAAUCGUGCCCAGCUUGUUCACUGGCGAGGUUCCGCAAUGAACAAAUCCUUCUCUGAGGAGACAGAGGAGUCCAUGAUUCGUAGGUUAUCGCCCAAACCUGCGGUAUGGGAAGCUCUGCGACCCGAGUAUCCGCCAUUAUGCCGGAGGGUUUCUCCGGGACCUCGAUACCUUGAGUGCCUUGUGGAUGAUAGUCUGAACUUCAUUCCAAAGGGUAUCAGAAGGGUGACUGAGAAUGGUAUUAUCGACGCAGAUGGUGCCUUCCGCGAAACGGACGCUAUCGUCUGCGCCACUGGCUUCGAUACAUCCCUGAACAUGCAUGAGAAUCCGAUCUAUGGGCAAGGUGGCAUAUCGAUCGACGACGUGUGGCAGCCGGAUCCCAUAGCAUACAUGUCCAUCCUCCCAGCCAAGAUGCCGAACUUGUUCUUGUUUGUCGGUCCAAACGGUGGAUCGGGCGCUGGCUCAACAAUCCAAAUGAGCGAAUGCGUAGCUGAAUAUGUGACCAAGUGUAUUCAAAAGCUACAAAGAGAGAACCUAAAAACAAUUGUAGCCAAGCAAUCAGCUGCCGAUGCUUUCAGAAAGCAGGCUGAUAAAUAUUUCGAAAAGACUACUUUCACAUACACGUGCAACAACUGGGCCAAGCGUCACCCCGAUGGCCGUAUUAUUGGGUUCUGGCCAGGUUCAGCUAUUCAUCUACGCAAAGCGCUGGAACAUCCAAGAUGGGAAGACUUUGAGUACGAAUCAAUGGACGAAGACAGCCUCGCGUGGAUGGGCAACGGUUUGGUUUUGGCCCAGCUAAGCGCCGACUCCACAACUGGAUACCUCGAUCUCGUGGACGUGCCAGGAUCGGAGAUUUACAAGGGUGUAGCCACUGAGGGAGCUCGCGUGGCAAAUAUCCUGGCUGAGGAGCGAGUUGUUUGCAGCGGCAAGAUAGCCAUAUGA